UGUGUGGCGUGGAGGACGAACGAGAGAGGGUCGCCACCCGCCGUCGCGCACCUCCGCAGUCCCCAGCGGUCUGCCGCCGCACCACCCUGCCCCCCGCAAGCAGGGCCCUCGCACCCCCGUGCCGUGCCUUGGUACGCGCCGCCGGGCGGGCGGGACCCGGCGGGGUGGGUCCCGGGGCGGGUCCCGGGCCGGGCACUGUUGCCCUUGCCUGGCAGGGCGGACUGCAGCCCCGCCGGCCCUGCACAGCAUGGGGAGGCGCUGCUGGCCGCGGCGUGCCCUGGCCGCCGCGUGUCUGGGUGCCGCGCUCCUACUCCUGGGCGCCGCGCCCCGCGCCCUGAGCCCGGCAUUUGAAAACAGCUUGGGCUCUGGCUGGCUUGGUGGGAAGAGGAGGAGUCCCCUGCAGAUGCUUUAUGACUUGGACCAGGGUCCGAGCUCCGCCUUGGCCGAAGUGCACCGCCAGCGGCGGGACCUGCUGCGCCGCGCCUGCAGUCGCCAUACGCGCCGGCAGCGCCUGCUGGGGCCCGAGGACCUGCGGCACGUGCUGGUGGACGACGCGCAUGGCCUGCUCUACUGCUAUGUGCCCAAGGUGGCCUGCACCAACUGGAAGCGCGUGCUGCUGGCGCUGAGCGGCCACGCCCGAGGCGACCCGCUUGCAAUCCCCGCGCACGAGGCGCACGCGCCAGGCCGCCUGCCCUCACUGGCCGACUUCAGCCCGGCGGAGAUCAACCGGCGGCUGCGCGCCUACCUGGCAGUCCUUUUCGUGCGCGAGCCCUUCGAGCGCCUGGCGUCGGCCUAUCGCAACAAGUUCGCGCGGCCCUACAGCGCGGCCUUCCAGCAGCGCUAUGGCACGCGCAUUGUGCGGCGCCUAAGGCCGCGUGCGCACCCCGACGCGCUGGCGCGCGGCCACGACGUGCGCUUCGCUGAGUUCCUGGCCUACCUGCUGGACCCGCGCACGCGCCGCGAGGAGCCCUUCAACGAGCACUGGGAGCGCGCUCAUGCCCUCUGUCACCCGUGCCGCCUGCGCUACGACGUGGUGGGCAAGUUCGAGACGCUGGCGGAGGACUCGGCCUUCGUGCUGGGCCUGGUGGGCGCAUCCGGCCUGCGCUUCCCGGCGCCCCCGCCCCGGGCCAAGGGGGCUGCCGCCCGCGACCUGGCCGAGCGCCUCUUCCGGGACAUCAGCCCCUUCUACCAGCGGCGCCUCUUCGACCUCUACAAGAUGGACUUCUUGCUUUUCAACUACUCUGCCCCUUCCUACCUGCGGCUGCACUAAGCCGUGGAGCCUCUACGGGGUCCGUCACACCAACCGAUGCCCCGGGGUCUCAGGUGGGGCCGGACAGUGUGCGUGCUGGGGCUGCCUGCCCGGACUCAACUCUGAGCACCACGGCCCCCCCGCGUUUCCCUGCUUGGCCGGCCCUCCGGGGCCUCCAUCCCACCUGGCCAGGUUUGGGUGCCGCCCACCUCAGACGGCUGUACACCCGUCCCUGCCGGUCACUUGAUGCUUGCUUCCUCUAACUGCGCCAUUUGGCAGGCACUCCUCCAGACCCCUGGGUGGGGAAGCAUUGAAUUACUAGUAUUUUUUUUUAACUUGUGAGAGACCAUUUUGGCAGGGGCCGGUGGGGGGGUGGUGGUCAGCUUUGACCCCAGACCUGUUUGUGGUGCAACAGAGCAGAAUGCUGGUUUAGUGCCAUCUGCGGCCUCGCCUGGCCCCUGCCCUGGCACCGGACAGCCGUAACCCAGGAGGAAAGCCCUGUGUCUUUGGGUUCAGGCUCUGGCCCUGGAGCCCACCCUGAGCUGCCUUCCACUCUGCCUGUCAUGGAGCGGUGCUGCCCUCCCCCGUGGCUGGCCCCACCUUUGAUCUCCAUCUGGCCAGAUCCUAAGUCUUCCGUGUGUGCCCACAGAGCCCAGAGUGCCCGAUGGUGGCAGGUGUUAGAGGACCUUGGUGAGCUGGGGAGCCCAUGUUUUUGAAAUGUUUUGUUUUGUUUACUUCUGACAUUUUGGAGUUUCUCUGCUUUGUUUUGCCAUUUGCUCUGCUACUAAAGGUGUUGGAUCUUGGGCAUCUCAACAAACCUCCACGCCUCAGUUUUCCUUUGCUGCGAAAGGGCACAAGAAUGCCGGCUGGUCGCAAAGAUCAGAUAAGAGAGGUGGAGAGUCUGGCUUUCCUUCACAGCAGCCCACAUAGGUGAAGGGCUCUAUGGGGGUGGGGUGGGGUAAGGGGCGGGUGCACCAUGACAAGGGGUGCUAAAUUCUGGCUGGAGGUGCAGUGGUGAAAACUCUGGGGGGGGGGCAGUGGGAAUCUGACCUUUCAUUCUGCCUGGGCUAAAGAUAAAAGCCGAAACCAGCUCAGUGGAACCCCGGCCUCGGGCUGCCUCCCACCCUUCUGUGGGUGUGUGGGUGUGGCAGUGAGGAUACCCCCUUGUGGCUUUGGGAAGACAGCCAGCCAUGGGAGUCCCCUAGGAAGGACUGAAUGUCCCCUUAGUGACUGUUUGGAUAUGUGGUGUCCUUUCUCAGUUUCCCUGAAUGUAAAUCAAAAUGCAAGAACUUUGGGAAGACCAGGGCAGGAUAUGCCUGAGGCUUUGAGAAACAGAAAUCAGAGCACAGCUGAGGAAGGGCAGCUUGGCAGGGCAGAGGCCAAACCUGGGCUGUGGUGCCCCCACACCCUGUGGUGAGAGCCCACGAGCCUGGUUAUAGGACCCUACUGGCCUGCGAGGGCCAGGCUGGCCAGGGACUGGCAGGUCAGUCCCAUUCAUGUCUGGGCCUUUGCUGAUGUAGUUACCCCUGCCUGCAAUGGAUGCUUUCCCUUUCCAGUUCUAGGGCUCCUCCUUCUCAGAAGCCUGCGGAGGCCUUCAUGGACGCUGUGUCCAUGGGGUCUGCCAGCAAGGGUCAGUGAUGGCCGACACCUGUGGACCUGGGAAGGGGCUGCCCCAGGGCUCCCCAUGAAGACUCACCCUGCUGGAGAGCGGUGGAAAGCCCAGGAGGCUGAAACAGCACCAGGAUGAGGGGGGAGGAGCCAGGCCUGUGACACACCUGGAGGCUUGUUCCCAUGCUCCCUUAUAUGCCAUACCCACAGUGUGUCACGUGCCACCUCACAGUCAGUUGUUCCACACACUUCCAUGACACACACCUUUGUUCCAAGCUCCCUCAGUGCCCACGCAACCUGUUUGCUGAAGUUAUUACCCAUCCAGUGCCCACCCCCCCCCCCCAGGUCGUCACCAUUAGAAGUCACCCUCUGGUUCUGCAAUCACAGCACCUGCUGUCAUGUCCUUCAGCGCCUCCUGCGUCCUGAAGCUUGUCACAUUUACACACACUCCCUCAUACUGCACACCCCCCAUUGAUGGCACUUGAUGUCACACCCUCUGUUGUGAGUACGGGGGCCACACGCCAGGCCCCGGGGCUGAAGGCGCCUCUUCUCCCUCGUGUGGGUCACAGGGAAUUCCUCCCACUCUGGUGUCCUCUGACCGCCUUCCUCUCCGGCUGGCACCAGAACGUGUCUGUCCUCACAGGUCACAGGCUGACUGCCCGCCCCUCAACAGCAAGGUCCCAGGCGGGUCAUCAGAUGGGCGGAGGAAGACAGGGUCUCACGUGACCAGCUGGACAAGACAAGAGGGGGUCUGGAGGGGUGCCCACCCGGGCACCCUUCAAUGAUUUAUUCUACUAACAAGCUCUCCCCCACUUCCUGAAGGAAUCAAGAGCGCAAACUGAAGGUCACUUGGCAUUUUAGCUUACUGGCAGCUGUCUUCCAUUUCGUGGUUUUCCAUCUCAGAGCUGAGGGGUGCUGGCCAGCAGCCUCCCCAGCAAGGAAAGGACACUGGUGGAUUGGGUUACAAAGACUGGUUUAAAAUGUUUCAGUGUUCUGCUGUUUUUGGCUUUGUCAGGAAAAUGUUUCCCAGAUUUUUGUAGUUAUGGUGUUGGUUUUUGUUUUGUUUUGUUUUGUUUUUCAGUUUUCUGUGGUGGCUUUGUCAUCCAGGCAGCUUCCUGGGAGGCAGAGUUCCAUGAUUUAAAAUUUUGCUAAAAUAAACCCCUGAUUCUUUG